CGCUGCGGUACCAAACAUCGAAAACGUUGCCCGCUACCUUGAACUGGGCGAUGGAAAGGUCCGACUUGUCGAGUCUCAAGGUGAAAGAGCUGCAGGAGUUGUGCAAGGGAGAGGGUCUUCGCGUGAACGGCAAGAAAGCCGAGCUGGUGCAACGUCUUGACAAACAUUACCAAACAGCAUCGUCAAAAACAUCGUCGAAGCGGUGCCAUGGGGACAACGGUGGCAAUGGACAGAAGAAGAUAAAAGCGUCCGAUAUAGAGGUGGCGAUAACAUCGUCUAAGUCAGGCGAAGACGGGUGGAGUGUCGAGCUGGCUCAAGUGUUCCGCGCGUACGCGGACCCAGAAAACGACGGGGUGAUGUCGGACGACGGGAUCUUUCUGCUCUGUGAGCAUUUAGGCAUUGACGCACAGGAUCCUGUCAUGCUCGCUCUGGCGUACCACAUGAACGCCAUGACAAUGAGCGAGUUUACGAAGGCCGAGUUCGUCCACGGCUUAAAGGCACUGAAAUGCCACUCCGUGAACGACCUCAAAGAAAAGCUGCCUCUUCUUCGCAAGCACCUCACGAGUGAUCGAGCGUUGUUUUCCAAGAUCUACGGGCACACAUUCAGCUUUGCCAAAGAACCCGAUCAGCGCAGCAUGGCGAUUGAUACAGCGCUCGAGUUGUGGGAGAUCCUUCUCCCGGCCCAUUUCGGUCUUCUCAAGCCGUGGCUGGCCUACGUCAAGGCGCAUCAAAAGAAUGCGAUUUCUCGCGAUGUUUGGAUGCAGUUGCUCGAGUUCUCCAACCAAGUCGCGUCGGACCUGAGCAACUACGAUGAAAACGGCGCGUGGCCAGUCUUGAUCGACGACUUUGUCGCCCACGUCCAAGGGAAGAAGCAAUCGUAGCCAUGAUUCGCCAUGUUAGAGCCACACGAACGUGAAAACUGCGGCCAGCGCCACCAACAGCACUUGUGCGUGACACGGCCACCGCUCCGACGCUACUCAAACAGGUUCAUGGCCUGCACGACAGGGAUUUACGAACAUACCAUAGCUGCAGACCAAGACGUUUUUGAUCGAACUGGCGUAUGCAUUCCCA